UGCGUUCAGGUGUCAGCGCGAGGCUCAUAAAGAGUUAACUCCGAUGUGCUGAAGAGAGAGAUCGGUGCGCCGCCUGGCUCGAGAAGACCUCUUCAAUCUCCUCCUCCUCCUCGACCUCCUGCUGCUGCUGUUGCUGUUGCGGCGGACUGGGAGCACUGGUCCGGUUCCGGAUGAGCACCCCGUCGGUACUUGUUGAUCUCGGAGCCGGCCUGCACGUUACGGGGCGAGGAAUGCGGCGCAGUGACGCGUGUGGCGCUCGCUAGAUGUGUGUGACAUGUCGGAGGCUGCAGGGAAUGGAUGGCAUCACAGCCCGGCUCGAGUAGACCAGUGACAGCGCCACUUUUUAUUUUUUGGGGGGUGCUACAUCUCCAUCUGUGCUGGAGGACAACAACAACAACUCACCACGAGCCAAUAAUGACAGAAAAGAGGACCAAAUGGACUCCGUAGUCGUGGGUGCUCACCCGCUUCCCAGUUGUAAGGUUAUCAUGGAGAAGUCCUUGGCAGAGUUCAACAAGGCCGGCUCGCAGUCGACGUCGUCACUCCCGCCCGAGCCGGUGGACAUCGUCCGCAGCAAGUCAUGUUUCCGGAGGGUCCGGCUCAAUGUGGGCGGCCUGCCGCACGAGGUCCUGUGGCGAACGCUGGACCGGCUCCCGCGGACGCGUCUGGGCAAGCUGCAAGACUGCAGCAGCCAUGAGUCUCUGAUGGAGGUGUGCGACGACUACAACCUGGAUGAGAACGAGUACUUUUUCGACCGACACCCAGGCGCCUUCACAUCCAUCCUCAACUUCUACCGCACGGGAAAGCUGCACAUGAUGGAGGAGAUGUGCGCCCUGUCCUUCAGCCAAGAACUGGACUACUGGGGCAUCGAUGAAAUCUACCUAGAGUCCUGCUGCCAGGCCAGGUACCACCAGAAGAAAGAGCAGAUGAACGAGGAGCUCAAAAGGGAGGCGGAUAAUUUAAAAGACAGAGAUGGGGACGAAUUUGACAACACGUGCUGUGCGGAGAAACGGAAGAAACUGUGGGACCUCCUGGAGAAACCCAGCUCGUCUGUUGCUGCAAAGAUCCUGGCUAUCAUCUCUAUCCUCUUCAUCGUGUUGUCCACCAUCGCAUUGUCUCUCAACACUCUACCAGACCUGCAGGGCACAGAUGAGUUCGGCCAGUCCACCGACAACCCACAGCUGGCCCACGUGGAAGCUGUGUGCAUUGCCUGGUUCACCAUGGAAUAUCUGCUGCGCUUCCUCUCUUCUCCCAACAAGUGGAAGUUCUUCAAGGGUCCUCUGAACGUCAUCGACCUGCUGGCCAUCCUACCGUACUACGUCACCAUCUUCCUGACGGAAUCAAACAAGAGUGUGUUGCAAUUUCAGAACGUGCGGCGUGUGGUUCAGAUUUUCCGAAUCAUGCGAAUCCUGCGCAUUCUCAAGCUUGCCCGUCACUCCACAGGACUCCAGUCUCUCGGCUUCACCCUUAGGAGAAGCUACAAUGAGCUGGGCUUACUCAUUCUUUUUCUUGCCAUGGGGAUCAUGAUCUUCUCCAGUCUAGUGUUCUUUGCCGAGAAGGAUGAGGAGGACACAAAGUUUAAAAGCAUUCCUGCUUCUUUCUGGUGGGCAACUAUCACAAUGACCACUGUAGGCUAUGGAGACAUCUACCCUAAAACUCUGCUUGGAAAGAUAGUCGGGGGUUUAUGCUGCAUAGCAGGAGUACUUGUAAUAGCUCUCCCUAUUCCCAUUAUUGUAAACAACUUCUCAGAAUUCUACAAGGAGCAAAAGAGACAGGAAAAAGCACUUAAACGUAGAGAGGCCUUGGAGAGGGCAAAGAGAAAUGGUAGCAUUGUUUCCAUGAACUUGAAAGAGGCUUUUGCUCGUAGUGCAGAACUUAUGGAUGUGGUGGUGGAAAAGAAUGAGAGGUCUCAUGAUAACCACCUCUCACCAAGCCGUUGGAAAUGGACUCCCAAGAGAGCUGUUUCAGAAACGAGCUCCAACCGUUCUUUCAAUGCCCAAGAAUUAGGAUCUCCAAUCAAGUGCAGAAACAGCAGCCCCCAAAAGUUAAACGUUCAGAAGCUGGAGGAGAUGUACACGCAAAUGGCCAAGACCCAAUCACAACCAAACCUCAAUGCUAAAGGUUCCAGGGUUGGAAAGCAAAGGGACGAGAUAGAGCUGGGAGCUAUACAUGAUCACGGUCCACCAAUGCUGGUAACCAGAGACGGUGUCGGUGACAUGAAAAGUUUAUCCAGCAUUGACAGCUACAUCAGUUGUGCUACAGACUUCCAGGAGAAUCCACGCUUCCCUCCUAGCACAGCAAUGGACCUUUGCCACAGCGAAAUCAACCGGUUAUCACAUAGUCCAGCUAUAGCCCUUCCCCAACACUCUCUGCCAAAAACAGGCCAGCAAAGCACCGGAACACCUAAGCUGACUCCCAUCACCGUUCCCAAACCCACAUGCUCAGAAACUGCAAGGAGAUUCUUAUUCUCUGGCAAUGCCUCAAAAAGUCUUUUCUCUAAGGGAGGCUAUCACAAUGAGAAGGAGCCUGGACCGUCGCCACUCUCAGACAGCUCCGUCCUGUCUGACCACUCACUGCUGAGUCCCGAAAUUUCCAUCUACACCACGGCCAGCAGCAGGACGCCGCCAAAGUCCCCAGAGAGUGCCACCCUGGCCCCGACCGUCUUCACCUUCCACGACUCAUCUAUCAGCAAAUAUAUCGACGCCGACACUGACGACGACGAGCACCUGCGUGACAUCUCCGACGCUAGCCCCACAGAUUGCCUGCUGAGUGGCUCCAGCCCCAAACGCAGCAUCAACAUCAACUACCAGAGAGCCACCAACCAUUUGGAGGCUGCCCAGAAAAUGCUGGGACAAAACUGUCUAUUCCCCCGGGAAGGAAUUUGCGGGGUUCCUCACGAGAAUCACGUGGGUCCAGAGGUAGGACGUAGACAAAAGAAGGAAAGGGGGCGACAAAAUACUUUGGACAAAAGCCACUGAGGUAUGAGUGAGUAAGUAUAAAACAUAAACCAGAGCACGAGUGCUUGGGACAGAGACACCAAACACUCAAAAAGCCAGACAGACAAAGGGGAGUAACAAAGUUUAACUGUUUUACAAAUCACCUGAGCAUGCCAAUGGGCCAUGUGCUCAGGGAGAACACGAGGGCCGAAUACUCGGGGAGAAACAUUUGGAAAAUUUCACUGCCCCUCUUUUGACCCAUUCCAAUCAAGAGGUAGUAUUCCGCAGCCUCCUAACAAAGAAGCACCCCAAUGUAGCCAGCAGAUCUGUUCAGCGAUCCCAUGAGUCGUUUUGAGUAAAUCCAACUAAGUUUUGUGGUGUGGUUGAGGCUGAGGGUUAUCGCUACAUUCUCCAGUAAGAACAGUCCCAGCGGAACUAGUUUCGUAGUCUUGGAGAUACAGGAGAGGGCCUAAAGUCUUCUAAGCUACUUCUUCUAACCCUUCAUUCCCAUACCUGGCCUUAGUCAUUUGCAGUUGUUGGGGGCGUGCAUGUCUGCAUUUGCGUGUGCGCAUGUGGUGAUGACUGCUGAUGGAUGCCGAUGCAAAUUCAUGUGUAUACAGGUCAAAAGAUUGUCCAAUCUGAUUUAUUUUUUUAUAAAGAUAAAAUACCAAAUAGAUAUUGGUUAUUUGAUAGUCUGCCUUGUCAUAAUGAUACGUGACAAGUAAUCCCACGUUAAAGAUCGGCAUCUUGGAACAGAGGCUUCCGAUAGUGGAGGUUUCCGGCCCAUCAUCCACAGUGUCUGGUCACAUUACUUCAUAAGGAUGGAUGACACUUUUACAUUUUGCCAGUGGUGACUAUUACUUGGGCAUCUCUAUGUCAUUUAUAAUUUUCUUAUGGGCAACUAUAAGAGCCAAAUAUAAUAUACACUCACAGGCUACUUUAUUAGGCACACCUACAGUAUUUAAUGAGACCUAAUAUAAGUGCUGUAUGUGCUACAUUGUGUAAGUUUUUACUGAUGAGGGAGGUAUUCAUUUAAUAUUGUUUUACAUUGUGGUUGUAGUUUGUGGAGAACAAUUUCUAACAUUUUGGUUUCAAAUUAUUAGAAACCACCUAAAGUGCCUGUUAAGUGAAAAUAAAUGUCUUGUAAAUUGGACACCACAGAGAAGAGUGUCGUGAACAAACCUGACAAGUUUGAAGUAUACAAAAUGAAGCUUCAAAAUCAUGAAAAAUCAUGCCGUUUUUUUUAAGCUUUUACACACACAAAAAUACUUGUUUGUAAAUGAGAACAAGCUGGCCCGCGGGCACCAUAGCACUUCCAACCCGUACUAGUACAGUAUAUAUAUUGUGUUUUUACAAUAAUAAGUAACUAUAUUUAUAAUUUCAUAUGCACCUGUGACGAAACCAAAGCGCAGAGUCUUUGUCACUGAAAUGGGGUGCUGAUCAAAACAAACAGCCUCUCAAAAUAUCCACUCUCUCCUUUAUUCUCGGCCAUUUCGUCUUUUUGUGGCUAUGAGCUACUUCUGUGCAAUGUUUUUGUGGUUCAAUAAAAUAUAACACAGUACAAUACAUUGUACGUGGGGGCUCAAAACCCGAUACACGGUCGCAGUGCGACGGUAGAUUUUUGGCGCUUAAUUGUUGAGUGUGGGUCGAAGAAUUGCCGAUUGUAAUUUUUUUGCGAUGGUCAACCUAAGUGGCUUUCAGCUGCAUUGCUCGGUGUGCGGCAGGCCUUUGUAACUCCUCAGUUAUGCAGGUUAACCACUGAUGCAACGAAGAUGCUCAAGUUUUUAUACAGUGGGGGAGGGAAGACUCAUGCCGGACAGUCAAGUGCGUCACUUGGUACCAUUUUAUCCAUGCCCAAAAAUUUUAAAAAAAAAUAAAAAAUUUGUUGAACGCUAUAUCUCCAUAACUGAGUAUUACAUAGUUCUCAGCAUUUAUCUUCAAACAUAUAUAAUGUACUGAAUUUAGAAACCAAUCUCUGAAUUCACUUUAUAAGUUCUUUAAGAGCUGUUUAACAACAAUGCAAACUACAACAGCAAGAAUAAACAUCUUGUUAAAUGAAUACACCUCAAUCACAACUGAGCAUUAGUAUUGAGGAAGAAAUAUGAUCAACAAGUGUCAGUGUAUCUAAUGUUGUAGCCAGUGAAUGUAUGACUAGUACAUGCCUCAUGCAUACAUUCAAACAACCAAUCAGUAUAAAAAAAAUGGGAAAUUAUCAAUUUAAUUUAAUAAUCAGCUAAACAACGUUGUUUUACGACAUAACAACCACACCUCCAUUAAUUCAAAAUUUUAGUAGCAAAUGCCCAGCAUGCAUUGGCUUUAUUUGGACCAACAGAAAAGUAACCAAAGAGAUGGGUUUGGUUUAAUAAUGGUUAAAGUUCUCAGGUCAUCAAAAUCCACAUUUUCUUUCUACUGUUUUAUGCAAAGGCUUGCAAAACGGGUGGAUUUGAAAUUGCCAUCAUUGUGACGUAGUUUUGUCAAUUAAUAUUCAAGUACCUGCCCAGUUCGAGAUUGGUACCCCCCCCACCCAACUCAGCUGAGCAAGUUUCAGUCGCCGCCAAACCAAACAAAUACAGUCUAUAAAGUAUACAUAUGUUAUGUUUUACAACAAUACAUUACUAUAUUGAACGUCACGUGCUGGUUAUGUUCAAGUGAAUGGAAGCGCAGGACAGGCCUCUCAAAAUAUCAUCCUCGCUUUUAUUUUCCACCCACGUCCCCUUUCAGCUCACGUUGCCUAUUCGUGGGCCAACAACGAUUGGUGAAUUACGCUUCACUAUGAUAGUAAGACCCAACAUAAAAGUAUCAAAACGCGACGUCGCUAUGAACGCUUGGCCACCGCAAGCCACAAAACGAUAUGAUAUCGCCGAGGGCCAAUCAGAGCAAAGCUUAUUUACAUAUCGAAUAUGAAAGACAAAUCCGGCCAUCUCAAUUGCACAGCAUAAAAGACCAAUUAGAAUAGUUUGAAAAAGCAUUAAAAGGGCAUCCCAACCCAAAUUAUCUUGCAAACCCAAUAAAAGGACAUCAAAGAUUAUGGAGGAAAAAAAAUGAUGGCAUGGGACCUUUAAGGUAAUAUUGAGUGGAAAUCGUUGGUGUUUAAAUCUCUAUAUAAGUAAGUCAUACUGUAUAUACAGAAACUGCAUGAGUUGUAAUUGACCAGUGCAAACACACCCACGGAAGAGGCACACAGCUUAACUUCAAUAUACGUAUGCAGUAUCUAAAUACUUGGUUGCCAUGGUGACGGUUACCGUUGUUCAGUCUUUUAAUAAGGGUGGGAAGGCCUGAAUGCAUGUAACAUAUACGAGAGCACAUAUAGGCACACAGGAAUGGCAGUUAUGCAUGGUAGUCACACAUUGGCAUAGCCACUAUUCACCACCCAUAGCCAUGACUCAUGGAUGCGGCGUUAUGAAGAUGCCACAACCCCGCCCAUUGACACGUUUGUGACCAAUGUAGCACAUCACAGAUAUGUGACGUUUUUUUGUUACUGCAUAACACAGCAACAUUUAUGGAAAUAUACAUAUUGUAUUACUAGAAGAAUAAACAUGCACUUUAAUGUCUCAUUUAUAUGGAGGAAACUAUCAUUGUUCGUCCCAGUUGAGAUGCGACGUACUUGCCUUUUGAAGCCCUUUAAGAAAAACAAGUGAAGGUAUUUGGAAUGAACCGGAACCUUGAAAGAAUAGCAUAACAAUGAUCAUUUGGAUCUAACGGAUUCUAGUUUGACUUGCAAAGAAAAUAGGACUAGUCAAAUCAUAUACAGUAUGUGAUAGGUCACCACAACAUUCAUGACUGUCAUUCAUUCCUAUCUUUUGGAGUCACAAAUCCUAAUUUCAAUUUGUGUUUUGCAUGGUAGUUAGAGAAGCCAGAGGGUGAAAGGAAUAACAAUGAGGGUGCGAGUGUGUGUAUUAGAGCGAGGGAGAGUGUGACGCUUUAUAGAAAAGAAUUUCCCAAAUGAAUGUAUGCAUGUCCGGGGAAGCCUCCAUUCUGUGUGUGAAACACCAAGAACCCCCCCCCCAGAUCCCCCACCCAUGAAAAAUCACAGAAAUGUAUUUAUUUUUUUAAGAGAAACUAAAGAUAUAUUCUACUUUAUGAUUUAGCAGAUCGAUGGAAUGGAAUCCCUCAACAUUAUUGGGAUAAAUUGUUUUAACUGGUAAUAAAUUAGUUCAUCCUGCUCCAUACUGGAGGAGAUCAAAAUGUAUAUACAGUUAAGCCCAAAAUUAGUCAAUGCACUGGACACAUUUUGGCCUUCAAGGCUCUUUGGCAUUUUCAGUUUUUUACAUUUUGUAUUUUAUUCAUAUGUCAUUCCCCCCCCCCCCCCUUCUAAAGGAUCCUCAUAACAUCUAGCAAAGGGGUCACCAACAUGGUACCCGUGAGUAGCCCGCGGGCCUGUUUUAAAAAUUCCUCACUAGUGAUGGGACAAUGUGAUUUCCUAGGAAUAUUGAAGAAGUGAUUAUUUGAAAUAUUGAAGAAGUGAUUAUUUGAAAUUGUGAACACUUACAGUUAUAGAAAUGUUGCAUGGUGAUACUUUCUGUUUCUUAUCUUGUUAGAUCAAUGAUAAUAAUUGUGAGCAAUGAUUAACAUUAUCAGUGGGUUCACAUAGAUGAAUAUUAAUUAUUCAUAACAAAUAAUUGAAGAUAGUGUAAGCCUUUUUUUUUAUUUCAGAAGCCUGCAUCAAACUGGUAGCCUUUUGCAUUAAUCAGUACCCAUGAAGAAGCUCUCAAUUUAAAAAAGGGUGGUGACCCCUGAAAAUAUUUCAAUAAACUAGAUAUUUAGAGCAUUGGAUGUAUGCAUGUAUUGAUAAAGGGUAUGAAUCAUUUUGGACUUGGAAUGUUUUGCCAAUCUGUAAAAAAGAUAUAUUAAAAUUGAAAAUAUUUAUAUUUCAUAACUCCUAACACUACAUCAUAAAACAUUUUGCUACUUUCUUGUAUCAUUUCCAGUUAAAACAUACCCAUUCAACAAAUGGGAAAAAAAUAAAAUCAAAAUCAAUUGAUCUCAAAAUUUGGCCAGAGUGUGAAGAAUCUUGGGCUUAACUGUAUAUUCAGGUUUUAACUUACAAUAUGUGUAUGUCUCAAAGGUAAAACACUCAAAAAGAAAAUUGCCAUAUCUUCCAGAGAACAUACUUGUAACAAAAUUUUAAAUACUGUACGGGAGGGCUGCACAAUUAUGGCCAAUAUAAUAAUCGUGAUUAUAUUUGAUCAAUAUUGCAAUCACGAUUAUUAGUCACAAUUAUUCUUCAUGUUAGGGAAAAAACUUCAUUUUUAUUGUACUACUUUUCAACAAACAAUAUGAAAUAGUUAUCAGUGCAAAAUGAAUCUUUAAAUAACAAUAAAUAAAAAAUUCUACUUUACCAAGGGCUAACUUAAUAAAUGUGCUAUUAAAAAGUGCAAUCACAAAUUGCAACUUAAUGAAAGCAAAUAAAGUUCAUGCAUAAAAGGCAGUAACAUUAGGCUGUAAGCACUGACUUUUUAUUUGGGGGAAAAAAAAAAAAACUCGGCAAUAUAUUGUGUUGUUCUACAUGACCAUUGGUCAGUUGUGUACGGUCACAAACUCCAAAGAACUCCAUAGUUGUGAUUUGCCUCUCUAUUUAC